AUGAGAGUCCCAAUCCUGCUCGCCAUCGCCACUCUCUUCUCAACCACGUCUGCCACCCUCCAUCCUGAACCUCAACUCGUCCAUCCCGGGGCCCUGCACACCAACAAGGACAUCGAACGAGUUCGACGCAAAGUGCACGCCCACGAACAGCCCUGGUACCGCGCCUGGCAACACCUCGAGUCCAGCCCCCUCGCGCAAACAACCUGGACCCCCAAACCGCACGAGGUCCUCGUCCGCGGUUCAAACAGCACCUGGCCGACCACGCCAGCCGAGAAUUACGGCGAUGCAUAUCGCGACGCACACGCCGCCUACCAACUAACGCUGCGGUGGCUCAUCGGCGGAAACACCUCGUACGCAGACCACGCGGCCUCCAUCCUGAACAGUUGGGCUACGACCCUGCGCGCGCUCAACGGCACCGAAGACCAGUACCUCGCGGCUGGUCUCUACGGGUACCAGUUCGCCAACGCGGGUGAGGUCCUUCGCACGUAUCCCGGUUGGAGUAAGGCGAACCAGACGGCGUUCGCGCGUCUACUGACGACCGUGUUUGCGCCGGCGAAUCGAGACUUUCUGGAAACCCAUAACGGCAAGACGAACUUCUACUACGCGAACUGGGACCUGUGCAAUAUCGCGUCAUUGAUGGCGAUCGGCAUAUUCACGGAUAAUCGGACGAUGGUGGACCAUGCGGCGCGGUACUGGCAGUUUGGUCUGCCGGACAGCAGGGUCGUGGUGAACGGGGCGUUGCCAUAUUUCUCGAUUGCCAAUUUCACGGAGCCGGAGUCUGGGAAGACUUUGAUGGAGAUGCAGGAGUCGGGUCGCGACCAGGGACAUGCGUUGCUGUGUAUGGCGUUGCUGGGGGUCAUUGGGCAACAGGCUUGGAAUCAGGGGAUGGAUCUGUUUGAGACUUAUGGAUAUGGGAUCCUGAAUGCAGCUGAAUACACCGCCAAAUACAACACCAACCACACUGUCCCCUACAUCUCCUAUACGAGCUGGGAAGGUCUCUUGGGUGAAAUAUCAGCCAAAUCGCGCUUCGAUGUGCGUCCGGGCUACGAGGCCAUCGUAUCUCAUUAUACAAGGAUCAAGGGUCUGAAUACGUCCUGGUCCACCGAGUUUCGGGACUACGUGAAUCGGAAUAUCUCCGCCGGUGUCGAGGGUGGUGGGGGUGAUUAUGGGCCGAACUCUGGGGGCUAUGAUGUCUAUGGGCAUGGGACGCUGAUGUAUCGGAUUGAGGAGGAUGCUUAG